AUGCAGGUUUUCUUCUUCUCACUCCCGCAUGGCAUGGUUGGAGAUACCGUCGUUGACGGGCUGCAACAGUAUCUGGACAAGGGAGAUGUGAUUAUUGAUUGCAGUAAUGAGGAAUGGGAGAAUACGCAAAGAAGACAGGGCAAGUUGGUCGCUCAAGGAGUUUACUAUGUGGGCUGUGGUGUCAGCGGAGGCUACCAAGCUGCGAGAAGAGGACCGAGUAUGUGUCCAGGAGGUGAAGAUCAGGCCUUGGAUAUUGUGAUGCCGCUGCUACAGAAGAUGGCUGCCAAAGCUACUGAUGGAACUCCUUGUGUGGAGAGAAUUGGGAUGGGUGGUGCCGGACAUUAUGUGAAGAUGAUUCACAACGGUAUUGAGCACGCUAUGAUGAGCGCCAUCUGUGAAUCGUGGACGAUCAUGACCAAGCAUAUGGGCAUGAAGUAUGAUGAUGUAGGAAAGGUGUUUGAGAAGUGGUCUUCGGAAGGAGAACUGAAAAACACGUUCCUAGUCAAGAUCGGAGCAGAUAUCUGUGAGGCAAAAGACAAGGAAGGCCACCACGUCCUUGGUGACGUCCAAGAUAAAGUCGUCCAAGACAUCGACGGAUCAGAAGGGACUGGGAUUUGGUCCAACACCCAAGCAACCUCCCUCCACGUCCCCGCACCUACUUUGGCAACAGCACACUCCCUCCGAAUCGCAUCUGCUUACCGUGGAAACCGAGAACACGUCAAGGAAACAUUCCACGGCUCGUUCCUUCCCUCAAAAUUCGACUUCAAGGACGAGGAAGAGAAAGCUGCAUUCAUCGAGGACUUACGACAAGCAGUCUACGCCACAUGUCUUGCAGGCUAUGUUCAAGGCAUUAGCAUCAUCGACGUUGCGGACAAGCAGAACAAGUGGGCCGUUAACUUCAACAACAUCGUCCAGAUCUGGAGAUCAGGAUGCAUUAUCCAAGCUGACCACAUCUCUUCGCUUCUGUACAAGAUCUUCCACCCAGAAUCGACCUCCAAGCACAAGAACCACAACCUUCUCUACGAACCCCUAAUCGUGGACGAACUGAAAGCCGGAUUUGAAUCAUUGAAGAGAAUCGUGGUCAAGGGACUCGAGAAGAAUGCCAUCGUGCCAAGUAUGAGUGCUACUCUGGAGUACUUGAAAUACAUGGGCAACCUCGAUCUUCCAACUCAGUUCUACGAGGCUGAGUUGGAUUACUUUGGGAAGCAUAUGUAUGAUAGUAAGUCGAUGGACAAGGGUCCGGGAGAGGCAAAGACUGGAACUCAUCAUUAUGAGUGGAAGCCCGCGUAA